UCUUUCUCCCUCCCUCUCUCUCACAGACAACUUUUCACAUUAGGGUUUUCCGUCUCUCACCUGAGCCAUUUCAGAGUCCUUCAUCUUCCUGGUAAGAUCUCCAACGCGAUCUGCGAUUAUUGUUUUUGUUUGCAGAAAAUGUUUUUGAUUCAUUUCUAAAAACACUUGCGACGAAAGCAAGCCCUAGAGAUAGUUGGAAAGGAGGGUUAUGGACGGAGGCGAGGGUGGGUUCGGCGACGGCGGUGAUCCAGGCGAGCAGUUCCACCGCAACGAGGCGAUCUCCGCCGUCGCCGAUGAGGGCUUCUUGGGGGAAGAAGAAGACGAUGACUACGAAGAUCUUUACAAUGAUGUUAAUGUCGGCGAAGGGUUUCUUCAGUCUUUGCGAAAGAAUGAGGAGUUAGGGUUUAGGAAUGAGGAGGAAGAGGAGGAGGAGAAGAAGGUUGAGCCUGUUCCGCCGCCAGCCCCGUCGGUGGUGCCGGAGGCCAGUGUCUCGAUACCAGGCGUCGGCGGCGGCGGAAGCAGCGUUGGCGGCGGUGGGGGAGGGGGAGCUGGUGGUGAGAGGAAGUUUGAGGAGGUGGGUGGGGGGGAUGGUGGGUCUAGGGUUUCUGGGAGAUUGGAGGGAUUUCAGAAUGUAGGGUUUAGAGGCAACGAGAUGGGCGUUAAGGGGUCUAGUGCAGGUGUACCGGGAGGAGCAGGACCAGCAGUUGGUGGUGGAGGGUUGAGAGUUGAGUUGGGGCCUUCCUCGAAUAAAGUGAAUGAUUUUGAGGAGCAAACUGGUAAUAAUAGUGUUGGAGUUCAAGUGAUUGGGCAGCAAUCUCAUGGUGGGGUUUUAGUGAGUGUGGGAAAUAAUGAGGGUUUAGGUAGGCAAGCAGGAGGAGUAAGCAGCAUGAAUGGGAUUGGGAAUGGGGGUGUUGUUGGAGGCGCUGUUGGUGGUGGUGGUGGUGGGGUUGGCAGUGGUGGUGGUGGUGGAGGAGGAGGAGGAGGAGGAACAAUACUCUUUGUGGGGGAUUUGCAUUGGUGGACCACGGAUUCUGAGCUUGAGGCGGAGCUUUGCAAGUAUGGGGCUGUGAAGGAGGUUAAGUUUUUUGAUGAAAAGGCUAGUGGGAAGUCAAAAGGGUAUUGCCAGGUUGAGUUUUAUGAUCCAGGUGCAGCCACGGCUUGCAAGGAAGGGAUGAAUGGGCAUCUUUUUAAUGGACGUCCUUGUGUUGUUGCAUAUGCCUCACCAUAUAGUGUUAAGAGAAUGGGGGAGGCUCAAGUUAAUAGGAACCAGCAGGUGUCCCAGACUGCACUUUCUCAAGCGAGGAGAGGUCCUGGUGAUGCAGCGGGUAAGCCUGGUGGCAGCAACACUGCUACUGGUGGUAAUUAUCAGAGUGGGGAUAACAAUAGAGGAGGUUAUGGUGAUAACAAUAGGGGAGGUUAUGGGAGAGGUAACUGGGGAAGGGGCAAUUCUCAGGGGAGAGGGCCAGUUGGUCCAAUGAGAAACAGAGUUGGUGGUAUGGGUGGGAGGGGUAUAAUUGGGAAUGGUGGUAAUGGAUUUGGGCAGGGCAUUGCUGGUACUCCACCAUUGUUGCAUCCGCAAACAAUGAUGGGUCAGGGUUUUGAUCCAGGUUUUGGAGCACCUAUGGGGAGAAUGGGUAGCUAUGGAGGCUUUCCUGCUGCUCCAACCCCUCCCUUUUCUGGUAUAUUGUCUUCAUUCCCGCCUGUAGGAGGUGUUGGCUUGCCUGGAGUAGCACCUCACGUGAAUCCAGCAUUCUUUGGGAGAGGGAUGCCCAUGAAUGGAAUGGGAAUGAUGCCUACUACAGGUGUUGAUAGCCAUAACAUGGGGAUGUGGUCUGAUCCUAACAUGCCUAGUUGGGUUGGUGAAGAGCAUGGUGGGAGAGCUGGGGAAUCUAGCUAUGGAGAAGAAGCUGUCUCUGAUCAUCAGUAUGGAGAGGUUAGUCAUGAUAGAGGGGGUUGGCCAAAUUCUGGUAAGGAAAAAGACAGAGGUUCAGAAAGAGACUGGUCUGGCUCUUCUGAUAGAAGGUAUCGAGAUGACAGGGAACCAGGGUAUGAUAGAGAUCCACCUAGAGAAAAAGAUCCAAGUCAUGAUCAUGAUUGGUCUGAAAGAAGGCAUCGUGAUGAUAGGGAUAUUGGUCGAGAUCGAGACAGAGAGCGUGAACGGGAACGGGAACGGGAACGUUCUCGUGACCGUGAUCGAGACCGCGACAGGGAACGUUCACGAGAGCGUGAUCGCGAUCGUGACAGAGACCGCUACAGGGAAGACAGAGACAGAUAUGUGGAUCAUCAUAGGUACAGGGACCGUGAAUCAGAACAUGAUGAUGAAUGGGAAAGGAGUCGAUCAUCAAGGACUCACAGCAAGUCACGCUUGUCUCAAGAGGAAGAGCAACGUUCAAGAUCACGGGAUGCAGAAUAUGGCAAGAGGCGGCGGCUGACGUCUGAAUAACCUAGUUCAUUGCUUCUUUCCUAAAUAGAUUCUCAUCCAGAAUGGAAAAACUAAAUUAACUGGGAUUUCAUCAGGUGAUUUGGACUUUAUUCAAGGCAAAAUGGUUCUGUUCGAUGUUUUCUACAGCUUCAUCAUCUGUAGUUGCCUGAAGUCUUUUUGAUUGCUUCUUUGUUUUCUGGGGCAUGGUUCCAUUUGUGCACGAUAAAAGCUAUUUUAAUUUGAGGAAUGGAAGCCAUUCAUCAGAUUUCAGGGCAUUCUUGGGGAUGAAGAGCACCCGGAUCAACAUUCGAAGGAGGCUAUCAUAGCGUUUCCUCUUUGCGGAUUGGUGUAGAAGUGGAACCUUUCCUUUUCAUAGCUAGCCAUCUUUUGCAUUUAUGUAUUUUUUUUUUUUUGUUUUUUGAGGGGGUUAAUUAGCACUCGGAACAAACUAAUAUUGUGGAUGAUGAUUGUGUCUUGAAAAAUUGCUGAAGUCAGAUGUGGCAGAUUAUGUCAGAAUAGAUUAUAUUAGAACUUACUGCUUGAAUGUAAUGUAAUAGGGUUAGAACACAGGUGAUGUUGCUAUGUGGCUGUGUGCCUAUUCUGAUUGUUGCAUUUUUUUUGUUGUACAAUUUUUUUUUUUCACUUUUUUUGUUUUUAAAAUAUUGUCUGUAUACCAUUUUUGACCCAACCGCAGUUUCCGAUGUAGAUCCUGUAGCAAUCCUAAUCAAUUAAUGAAAAUCCUCUGACACGAGAAGUUUAUACGGUUA